AAGAAGUUGCAGAAAUAGAGCCCGAUAGUGAUGAUGAGGAAACUAUAAUGGACUAUUCUGCUUCUGAUAUUGAAAACGAAGAUGAAGAAGAAUUUGAACAUAUUGAUAAUCUUGACAAUAGCUUUGGUUGGAUAUUAAUCUGGAUCCUAAGAUAUCAACAAAGAUAUCGGUUACCUGAUACUGCAACAGAAUCAUUAGUUAAAUUUAUUCAUUAUCUAUUGACAUAUCUUGAUCAGGAUCAGUUUAAAAACUUUUCUAAGUCACUCUAUUUGGCCAGAAAGUUAAUGGGUUUAGGUCUACGCAUAAAUAAUUAUGCAACUUGUUCAGCAUGUGAUAGGUUGUAUGAACCUAGCAAGGUAACAACAAAAAAACCUAAACAAAUCCCGAUGUGUUUAUAUUGUACUUUCGUAGAAUUUUCUAAUCACAUAAUGUCUAAAAUGAGACAACCUUGUAAUCAACAAUUGGCAAAGGAG